GUGAUUGGCUGUAUUUGACCCCCAAUGAACUCUGACCCGUGACGCAAUAUCCAAGAUGGCGGAGGACGAUGAUGAGGAUUUUGUUUAUUUCGGGUCCGCUCUGGAGCCGCUGGAGGAUGAUGAAUCGACCAAGAACCCAGUUCCACUGCACGAGCAGACAGUCAGAGAUGAGAAAGGGAGAUACAAACACUUUCAUGGGGCAUUCACUGGGGGAUUUUCUGCUGGUUAUUUCAACUCAGUGGGCUCAAAAGAAGGGUGGACGCCUUCGACAUUUGUGUCGUCAAGGCAGCAAAAGGCAGAGAAACAGGUCUUCAACCCCGAGCACUUCAUGGAUGAAGAGGAUCUCAAGGAACAUGGAAUUGCGCCGAAAGGAAUAACAACUACAGAUGAGUUUGCCUCAAAGGCUAAAGACAAGAUCUGGGAGAAGUCGCGAGCUUUGGCGAGUCUGGUAGCUCCUAUUCCUGGAGCCAGCAUCUUGGAUGACCUGAUUGCUCCAGCAAAGAUAACAAUUGGUGUGCAGUUACUGCGGAAAAUGGGCUGGAAGGAAGGACAGGGUCUUGGACCACGUGUGAAGAGGAAGCUUUGCAGGCAACAUCCUGAGACAGGUGUGAAAGUGUAUGGGUGUUCCUUGCCUGAUGAAGGUUCGGAUGGAUCGCAGGAGGAAGAGGAUGAGUACCAGCCUGAAAAUGUCACAUUUGCACCAAAAGAUGUGAUAGUGAUGGAUUUCACACCAAAGGAUGACCGCCAUGGGCUUGGUUACAGUGGAAUCGAUCCUCGCAGGGCUUUGUUUGGGGCAUUUAGACAGGGCUGCAGUAACGUGUUCGACACUGACUCAGACAGGACCAGCAGCCUGCUCGGUGAUAUUCAACCCAGUAUGGGCAGGAAGCUAGGCAUCACGGGGCAGGCAUUCGGUGUGGGGGCCCUGGAGGAGGAGGAUGAUGAUAUCUAUGCCAGGGAUACAUUGUCCCAGUAUGACACAGUGCUGAGAGAGGAAGAGCCAGAGGAUGGGCUGUAUGGGUGGACUGCACCACAGCAAUACAGGAAAGCAAAACGUUUGAAUCCCCAGACAGGAUACAUUGGAAAAAUGUUGGAAGGCUUCUCCUUGGGAUCCAAGUCAACUAAACCCAAAAAGGUUUAUGGCCCCCCUGAACUGCCGAGGGACUACAGGCCUGUUCAUUACUUCCGACCGGUCGUGGUGCCCGGCACUGUCAGCACAGCCAUGGCACAAGCACUCGAGGCAUCAACUGGACAGCACGGCACUGAGACAGGACCGAAAGGCCGGCACCAGCUCAAUGCAACACAGAGACGGGAACUGCUCGGAGAAACUGCUCUCCAAGGUCCUGGCUCAGUGUUUGAACUUCUAACUGUAAAAGACAAGGAGAGACUGCAGCUGCAGCAACAGCAGCCAGCUUCCUGGAACCUGCCUGGCCAGUGCCAGGCACCGGCCUCUGGGAAACCCAGGGAUUCCCAGCUUUCUGGACUUGGAGGAAGGCUGACGGGUUCGAGUGAAUUUAAACCCUUUCUAAAGAAUCCAGAAAAGCAGAAGAGAUAUGAGGAAUAUGUGGCGAAGCUGAACUCGGGUCAAAGCAAUGCCCUGGCCAGCUGCUUGGACCCAAACAUGACCGAGUGGGAGCGAGACCAGGAGCUGUACGAGUUCAGUCGGGCAGCAAUGCUGUAUCGUUCGACCAGUGCCUCGCUGUCGUCCCGCUUCACUCAUGCCAAAUUUUCAGAGGAUACUGACAAGGUGGAAGUCCUUGAGCAACAGGAGAAUGACGUCAAUGACAAAGAGGCUGCAGUAAAAAUGAAGAUGUUUGGUCGUCUCACCAGGGACAAGCUUGAGUGGCAUCCCGAGAAACUUCUCUGCAAACGAUUCAAUGUCCCUGAUCCUUACCCUGGAUCAACAAAGUCCGGGCUUCUCAAGGUCAAGAGGGACAAAUAUUCGGUGUUUAACUUUUUAAAUGUCCACACAGCUCCUGAACCCCCUAAAAUGGAAUCCAAAAGGGAAACUGUACAAUAUAAUACUCUGAAACCUCCUGAAUCCAGGAGGCCGUCCAGGUGGGACGUGGCAGCAGAAGACAAGGGGAAAAGUAUGACCGAACGUGCUACAGUGCUGAUUGGUUUGGAUUCGGCAGCAGAAACAAGUUUGACUCAGCGCACAGAGAAAGAAAUUGAACAGGACCAAGAAACUAAAACUGAAGAGCAGGAAGAUGCUGAGGACGAAGAAAAACGGCCAUCCAUGGACUUGUUCAAAGCUAUCUUUACCAGCUCGUCUGAGGAGAAAUCUUCGUCUUCCUCCUCUGAAGAGGAGGAAGAUGAAGAGACCAGUGAAAUAGACCCUGCUCCUGGGGAGCAAGCUUCAGUACAGUCUGUACCUCCAAUCCCUGCCUCAGACCACCAGCUAGUGAAGGAAUUUGAUCGAAACCCACAACCUGCGCAGUGCAGCCCAGAACCUCGGAGUGGCAUGGAAGAAUUUGGGCCCAGGCUCCCACCAGCUCUCCUCUUUGGUAACACCCACCCGUCACCUGAUGACAACAUGGUUUCUCCAGCAACGGGAUGCAAGUGGCUAGAGGAGGGCAGCGAUGGUACAGCUCAGCAGAAGGGGAAACCGAAAAAGAAGCUCAAAGACAGAAGGAAAGGAAAGAAAGUGAAAAAGGAGAAGAAAAAGAAACACAAAAAGCAUAAACACAGAUCCAAGCUGAGGGACAGGAAGCUGAAGGGUGAUCACAGCAGCUUGGGGGACUCUGAACCUGAACAAAGUGGCUGUGUGAGUCACAGCACGGACCCCCAGUCUGUGUCUGAUACAGACCUGCUGAUGCGAUUGAAAACUGUUCCAUUGGCAAGACGGUGAGACAGGGCAGUGGAAAAAGAGAAGCUGGUUAACCAAACCCUCAGUGAUAAGCUGCAUCCACCACAGUGGUGCAUUAGAUCCAGUCUGAAACCUCUCUUAUAAUUUGUCAGGAAUUGCCCAACAAGAGGGAGGGAACCAGACCAGGAGCACUGACACUGGUGACUUCAAUACAAGACAGCUUGGUUCAGUGUCUGUGAACAUUGACAGAUUUCACAUCUACAAUUUUUUAAAUCAUUUAUUUAUAACCAACUGUGAGAAUGUCAAAUAUUAGUUUGUUCAGAGCACCCAGGACCGCUGUGGCUUUCUGUCUUAAUAAAUCGUCCAGUCAAUUGAUACUGCACUUGUGUUAGUUUUUGCUGCAGUGAUUCUGACUUAGAAGUCAUGGGGUAAGUUCUGGAUUGCUGGCCUCCCUGUGCUUAGUGUUUAGCCAGCACAGAGGAACUGUAGGAGCUGGAGAACAAACCUCACCAUUGCAUCACUUACUUGUUAUCUCAUACUGUUUAUUGCGAAUGUCUCUUGAUCCCUGCAGAUCAUUCUGUGCUCACUUACUGAGGCUGCUGAAACGGUUGUGGCAUCUUCUAUUUGUCAGAAUUAAUUCUAGGUAAAUGUUGUGAUCACAGUCUGAAAUGUCAGAGAUACCUGGAGGCGAGGCCAGUCCAGGCCAGGGGUUGCUGGGUGGUGGUGCCUCUGCUAAGCUAUCAGUGCCACACUGUCAAGAAGCAAAGUGACAGUGCACCAUCACCCUGGCUCCCCAUGUGGAUACAGAAAGAGAAGAUUUCCGGGGAAUGAAUUCAGAGCAACUGUGACAGAAGUAGUCGCUGGUUCUGCAGCUGGAGGGUUUGUGGGAUCCUUUGUGGAAAUUAGUUACUGUGUUUUCCACUUUACGGUAACUACAUUUCAAAAGGACUUUGUUGAAAAGCACUUGAGGACUUUCAUGUUAUGAAAGGUGCUAUCUAAAUGAAACUUUCUAUAAUGCUCACCAAAGAAAUGAGACUGCCAAGGAGGUUUAUAUGAUUGGAGGAUAAUAUAACUUGAGAUACAGCUGUGAAAUAGUUCAAGAAUUGAACAAAAGAACUGGAUUUCCUCCUGAGUUGAGCUUUCUUUUCGGCUGGACAUGAACAAUCUGUCAUUAUUGUAAACGAAUGUUUUGCUGUCAAGGUUUCACAGGCACAGUUAAUCUUAUACAGUGAAUCACGCUGGGAAUGAAUUUGGAUAUGUUGUUAAAUUUUGUACAGUUUUGUACUGUCUGUAAUAAAGUAUUUAAUUAAA